AUGGAUAACACAGAUUUAAAAAAUUUAAUUUAUGAUUUAGUACUUAAUCAAAAUUUUCUUACUUAUUAUGACUUAAAAUCAUAUCUCCAAAAACAUGAUAACAAUAUCGGGGGUGAUGAUAUGGAUUAUUAUUAUCCAUAUUAUAAAAAUGAAAUUUUGAAAUAUCAUGAUAAAAUAAUUUCUAAAAUUAAAGACAAAAUUAAAAAUAAUGAAUAUGCAAAGGGAAAAACUAAAUCACAACUUAAACAAUUGAAAGAUUUCAAAAAUAAAGUAUUAACAGAAGAAGAUAUUGAUGAAUUAUAUAAAUUAUAUAAUCCUGAGCCGCAAAAGCCAAAUGUUCAACAGCUAAAGGUGCAAAACGCCCAGGUCCUUCAGACCAUAAAUGAAGCACAAGCUUUAAUUUAUGAUUCAUUAGUUAAAUCAUAUUCAGCCCGACUUUUAAAUGAAGAUCAACUUUUGGAAUUCAUCCUUCAACAUAAACUCGAAGCGGGAAAGUAUAUCAAACCUUUAUAUACAGUAUAUUUAAAACAAAUGAAUAGAAUACAUCCAGAAUUAAUGAAAGGAGGAAUGAAAUCCAAAACUUCAUCAUCCAAAAUCAAAGCAGAUAAAAUUAAAUCACUUACAACACCAAAACCUCCAACAGUAGUUCCUCCUUCUCCUUCAGUUAAUCCUUCAUCAUUCACUUUAUUAUAUCCAUUUCAAACAUUAAAGAAGCAAAAAGAUUUUAAAAAGGAUUUCAAAAUAUUAAAUAAACCAACUGACCCAAAAAUUCAACCGUUAAAGGAAAAAUUUAGUCGUCCCUCAUUUGCACCACAUCCAUAUUCAUACGAAAUCGAUCAUUUAGAAUAUUCAAAAGGAAAC